AUGCCAUCAUCAUUGCGAAGAUUAUUUGCAACCAUCUUGGUAUACUGUCAACCAACUGGAUUACGUACCCUAUGGGACGAGUUCUUCACCUUCAUGGUUGAGGAUUAUCCAUCUUUAAGCACGACAACUAACAAUAAUGUUCUCACUCACAAGCUUUUGCAGGACUUAUUAGACCGUUUAUUACAGCCACUGGGAAAAACAAUUUCUGACUUCACAGCGUUGCCAAGUUUACCAGAAAGAACUGAGGACACCAACGAUCUUCCUAAUUUCAUGAAGGAGUACUUUUCCGUGCCAAUUCCAGAAGAGGAUAUGACGUGUGUAAACACUCUUAAUAGAGACCAACGACAUGCGUUCGACACAAUUAUGGAUGUUGUCAUUUCAAAAAAUGGUGGAGCUUUUUUCGUUGAUGGCCCAGGAGCAACGUUGUUGCAUCAGGUAAGAACAUCGCACUCGACUUUUCAGCUCCCAUUGCAACUUGAUAGCAACUCAACUUGCUCAUUCACUAAACGUUCCAAAACUGCCACUAUUCUGAAGCACUCUGCCAUAAUUAUAUGGGAUGAGGCUCCAAUGACACACAAAUAUCAAUUUGAAGCUGUUGAUCGAUCACUGAGAGAUUUAAUGGGAAACGACUUACCGUUUGGGGGGAGAACUAUUGUGGGAUGA